CACACACACACACACACACACACAGUUGUAGUGACCAAGUGCAAGGCGAUGAGAGCAUGAGCAUGUGGAACACACACAUACACACACAGGGUUGUAGUGACCCACUACACACACACACACACACACACACACACACACGCACGCACACACACACACACACAUACAUACAGUACACACACAGACACACACACACACACACACUCACAGACAGUUGUAUUGACCUAAGUGAUGAGACCAUGAGCAUGUGUUCUCAUGAAUGUACACACACACACACACAUACACACUUUUACACACACACACACACACACAUACACACAAUACAUGUUCUUGUGCGAUCAGACUAAGUUGUCUCAGUUUUGUAUUGCUCUGAUUGAGAUAGAAGAUGUUUUAAAGCAUUUUUCUGUGCUUAGCACUCAUCUCUCUACUCUGGUAUUACAGGGCUGACGGAGAUCACUGCUGCAGAGAGGAAGAAAAUGGAGGAAUCUGUCCAGUCUCUGGCUCUCCCUGCAUGGCUGAAGGCAACUGAUGAGUUAAUGGAGAAAAACAGACAACUGGAGGAAAACAAGGAGACAAUGGAGGAGAAAGACUUGGAAAUGGAGAAGAUGAACCUGCAGUUAGAGGAGAAGAACAGAGAGAUGGAGGAGAAGAUGAACCUGCAGUUAGAGGAGAAGAACAGAGAGAUGGAGAAGAUGAACCUGCAGCUAGAGGAGAAGAACAGAGAGAUGGAGAAGAUGAAUCUGCAGUUAGAGGAGAAGAACAGAGAGAUGGAGAAGAUGAACCUGCAGCUAGAGGACAAGAACAGAGAGAUGGAGAAGAUGAACCUGCAGCUAGAGGAGAAGAACAGAGAGAUAACUGAGAGAAACAAAAAUCUAGAAGAGGGCAGGAAGGCUCUUCAGGAGAAAGACAAACAACUGAAAGAUAAAGAUGUGGAAAUGGAGGAGAGGAAAAGACUUGUACAUGAGAGAGACAAACAGAUAGAAGAGAGAGAAAACAAAAUCAAGGAGAGAGACAAGAGGAUAGAGGAGAGUGAGAACAACUCCCAGGAGAAAACCAAACAAUUAGAGAUGAAAGACAAACUACUGGAGGGAAAGGACUUGCAGAUUAAAGAUGGAGAAAAUAAUCUCAAGGAGAAGAUGCAACUUCUGGAGGAGAACAAAAAGAGACUGAUGGAGAGAGAGAAGAUGCUGGAGGACAAGAAAAGAGAGAUGGAGAAGAUGUUAAAACAACUAGAGGAGAACAAGAAAGAGGGGGAGAAGAUGACACAACAGCUAGAAGAGAAGAACAAAGGCAUGGAGAACAUGAACCGACAACUUGAUGAGAAGAAUAAACUCAUCCAUCAAAGAGACACAGAACUGGGGAACAUGACUACACGAGAGAGGGAGAGAGAGAGUUUACUGGAGAACAUGAUUAAACGAGAGAGGGAGAGAGAGAGUCUACUGGAGAACAUGACUAUACGAGAGAGGGAGAGAGAGAGUUUACUGGAGAACAUGACUAAACGAGAGAGGGAGAGAGAGAGUCUACUGGAGAACAUGACCUGUGAGCAGCUGGAGGAGAGAGAUAAACAGCUGGAGGAGGAGAGAGAUAAACAGCUGGAG